UUGUUAAAUAUCUUGAAAACAAAGGUUCCUCACACAAAUUGCCUCAUGGAAGUAUGGGGUGGUGGCCAUUCCUUGGAGAGACUCUUAAUUUCCUCAAGCCUCAUGAAUCAAACUCUUUAGGAAGCUUCUUACAAGAACGUUGUUCUAGGUAUGGAAGAGUUUUCAAGUCGCAUCUAUUUGGCUAUCCUACCAUAGUUUCAUGUGACUUUGAGCUCAACAUGUUUAUUCUUCAAAAUGAAGGGAAACUAUUCCCUGUUGAUUACCCUAAAGUAAUGCACAAGAUCUUAGGGAAAUUCUCUCUGCUUCUAAACAAAGGGGAACAUCACAAGAAGCUAAGAAGCACAGUUAUAAGUUUUGUUAGUGCAUCAAAAUGUGAAUCCAACUUCAUUCACUCUGUUGAAAUGCUUGUUCUCUCAAGGAUUAACUCAUGGGGUUCAAACUGUACACAAGUUGCAUUCUAUAAAGAAGCUAAGAGGUUUUCCAUCAAUGUUAUGCUGACGCACCUUCUGAAUAUCAAUCCUGAUGAGCCCAUAGCCUCAAAGAUUUUGGAGAAUUUUGAGAAUUAUAUAAAGGGCUUCAUUUCAUUGCCAUUAAAUAUUCCAGGGACUACAUAUUUCAAAGCUGUGAAGGCUAGAAUAAGACUCUCAUCUAUUAUCAAAGAUAUUAUCAUAGAGAGGCGUAGUAAAGUUGAUAAUGUGGUGGAAGGUGGAGACCUCUUGAAUUUGAUUUUAUCAAAACAGAAUUUAUGUGAUGAAGAGAGGAUUGGCAUUGUUUUGGACCUUUUGUUUGGAGGAUAUGAGACAACCUCAAAACUUCUCUCUAUGAUUGUCUAUUUCCUUGAUGGAGCCCCUAAUCUCUUACAUAUCUUGCAGGAAGAGCAUGAAGUGAUAAGGAAAAGUAAAAUGGAAGGAGAGCUAUUGAAUUGGGAAGACUAUAAACAAAUGGAGUUCACUCAAAAUGUUAUUUAUGAAGCUAUGAGAUGUGGGAUUGUAAUACCAGCAGGGUGGAAGGUUUUUCCUGUAUUGUCAGCACCACAUUUGGAUCCCAACCGUUUUGAAAAUCCUUUGGAGUUCAAUCCCUUUCGAUGGAAUGAGGACAAUUCAACAAGCCAGAAAGUUGCACCAUUUGGUGGUGGUCCACGUUUUUGUCCUGGGGCUGAUCUAGCUAAAGUGGAGAUAGCAUUCUUCCUUCAUCAUCUUGUCCUUAAUUAUAGGUAG